UCCUUUCUCUCUCUAGGUUCCAUUCUCUCUCUAAGAUAACAUAUAUUUGCGGGAUUUCUCUUUUGGGUCUAAUCCCUUUCCCUACCCGAAAGCUUUCCAUUAAUUUUAUGAUUAUCGCAGCUGAAAGUUGCAGAGAGCUCGAAAUCUAGGGUAGAUAGGUUUUGAUGGCUGGAUGAAAGUCAAAAAGCCCUAAUUUUUAUGAUUACAGGACCACUUGCAGGACUCCUUUUGCUUGUAGGCUUGUAAGGCCUUGGCUUGUUUAAGCGUUGGAAAAGGUUCAUAGUUGAGCUUUAUGGCGGACUAGUAGAGAAAAAAAACCCUAAUUCUGAUCGUUUGCUCUGGUUCCUGGUUGUCUAACGUCGACUUAUCUGACUUGAUUGGGUUUCCUGGUCAUAUUUUGGAGUCAUGGAGGAAAUGAAGAUGGAAAACCCCAUCUCAUAAUACAAUACUCCAGGGCUGUUUCUGGGGCUGAAAGAAACAGCCUGGUUAUGGUGAAGAACAUAAAAAUUUUAGGGAUUCCUGGUUGCAAUUGGGAUGAAGAACAGCAGACUGAAGUUAAAUCGAGGUGCUUCAAAAAUACCCCUGGCUAAUGGCUUUUUACCUGGUUCUCUAGGAUCGAUCAAAGGGUAUUGGAGAUAUGUCUCUUCAGGGGCUUCUUGUGUUGCUUCUACUGUUAAGUCAGCAGGGGCAUCGGUUACUUCUUCGUUGCCUCGAUGGGAGAACACUAGCCUUCGCGAUCAGGUGCAAUGGGCAGGGUUUGACAAACUAGAAUGUGAAGACAGCAUUGUUCACCAGGUUCUUCUUUUGGGUUAUACUGAUGGCUUCCAAGUCUGGAAAAUAGAAGACAGUAAUGAUGUGGUGCAGUUGGUAUCCAAGCAAGAUGGCCCUGCUGCUUUUUUGCAAGUGGUACCAAAACCCAUUGUAUCAUUGGGAUCAAAGGAUAACUAUGAAUCUGUUCGUCCAAUUCUAGCUCUUGUUGGAACUGGAGAUCGAGAUCCUAAGAGUCAUGAUGAGAUGGGGUACUCCCAAGCUUCUGAUGGGAACAGUAGGAACUUCUCGCCCUCAAUUCUCAAGUUCUACUCGUUAAAAUCACAUUCUUAUGUGCAUGAACUUAAAUUUAGAUCUGCUAUAUGUGCUGUACGUUGUAGUCCUCGGAUUGUGGCUGUUGCCCAGGCGAUUCAGAUUCACUGUUUCGACACUGCAACGCUCCAGAGCACGUACACUGUCAUGACUUAUCCUGCAUCAUUAGGAUGUGGUGGCAGUGGGCACUUGGACAUGGGCUACGGUCCAUUAGCUGUUGGUCCAAGGUGGUUUGCUUAUGCUGGAAUUCCUGUUCCAGUUUCAAAUACUGGCCGUGUGAGCCCCGUGUGCUUGACCUGCAAUGACAGUUCAUCGACCUCUUCAGUUGGGUCUUCAGUUGCACACUAUGCCAAAGAAUCGAGCAAGCAGAUUGCUUCGGGUCUUGCGGCCCUUGGCGAUAAGGGGUGCAAGAAGCUGACUAAAUACUGGGGUGAAUUUCUUCCAGAUAAUAACAGAUCUAUGCGAGUGGGGAGGCAGACCCCAAAAAAUGGGCACUAUGGUAUUGAGGAUGCAAAUCAGGCGGAGCAUGCAGGAACAGUUAUUGUAAGAGACAUUAUUCGUAAAUCUGUUGUUACUCAGUUUAAGGCCCAUGAUAGUCCUAUCUCUGCCUUAUGCUUUGACCGCAGUGGAACACUAUUGGUGACAGCUUCAAUUCAAGGUCAUAACAUUAAUGUUUUCCGAAUUAUGCCUGACCAGCAUGGCUCUUCAGGUGUUGACCCACAUUUGCCCUAUGUGCAUCUUUACAAGCUCCAGCGUGGGCUUACAAAUGCGGUCAUACAAGACAUCAGUUUUAGUGAUGACAGCUGCUGGAUUAUGAUCAGCUCUUCAAGGGGAACAGGUCACUUGUUUGCAAUAUCACCUUAUGGCGGGAUGCCAAGACUGCAAUCUCAUGGUAUUAUUAAUGGAAUGGAAGUUACAAAAAAUAAAUCAUUUUCUCAAGCAAGUAGUGUGGGUCCAUUGGAACUUGAUCAGCAGAAGUUUGCAUCUGGUCCGCCAUUGACAUUAUCAGUUGUAGGAAGGAUAAAGGAUCAGAACAAUGGUUGGAGUGGCCCCCUUGGUGAUGCUGUGCUUGCUGCAACAAGUAGGGUUAGUUUACCGUCUUUGGUAGUUGCUUCAGCUUUCCUCACCCACAGCCCUAAAGCUCACCAAUCAGAUGAAAGUUCGGUUACUUUAAAUCCCUACAUUUUGAUUUUUACUCCUUGUGGAUACGUCACACAAUAUGGUUUCCACCUAUCUUCUGGGGCACAAGAUUUGCAUCCACGCACCAAUCUUUCUGGCUUUAGCGGUGCUUCCAAUGAGCCAAAAGAUGAUCUGGAUUUAAGACUAGUUAUAAAUAAGCUCCAUAAAUGGGAUGUUUGUCAAAGGGAACAUAGAAUUGAACGAGAAGAGGAUAUUGCCAUCUAUGAUGAGCAUCGAGCUAUUGGUCUCAAGCCCAGCCCUGACUAUAUAUCUUAUGCUGAUUCUGGUCUUAGAGUUAUGGAACGAAAGGUCUCAUCUCAAGCAAAGUAUGAGUGUUAUGUUUCCAAUGCUGAACUACAAACACACCAAGCAGGAGUCCCUGUGUGGGACAAACCCAAGAUAUCUUUCCAAGCGAUGGUUAUCGAUUACAUUGCUGAGGAACUUGAUGGCAUUCAUGAUGGGGACAUUGAAAUUGAAAUAAUCCCAACGCGCCCUAUUUUGCAUGGGAAAGGUGACCAGUUCCGGAAUCAUGAAAUCCUGCCUUCAAGGCCUUCUGUCCUAGUUCGCAAACCUUCCAAAAAUCAAGAAGAUGGAAAAUUUUGUAAGGUUUCGGAUGCUCAGACUGGACAAUGCAACGGUUUUGGAUGUAGGUCCAGUUCAAAGCAAACCCCUGAUUGGCAGAGGGGAUUUACAAAUGAGAACCGCCCAUGCCUUCCAGAUUCAGAAGACCGUGUAUUCAACGAAGUUGUUUUAAGUCCAUUAGCCCAUAAGCACGUAUCUUCAGAGGCCUUGAAUUCUGGAUCUAACAACCAUCAAGAAAAAUCCCUUCCUUCCUUGCAGGCCCAUGAAAAAUCCACCUUUCUAUCAAUGACGUGUACAGAUUCUGAGGUGCAAGAGAUGCAGAGAUCCCAUCUCUCGUUUGCUUCUGCUUCUCCAAUCCAACAUUUUCCUAAAUUGAAUGGCCAUGACACAAACACCAUUGAGCUGAUCUUUAAUGCCGAGAAGCCAUCCUUGCCAGGCGAGGAUGAUCAGCCGAGUGCUGCUAUAUCAGAAGAACGAAAUGAUGGCUUUGCAAAUAAAGAUGAUAGCCUGAUCGGUGAAGCGUGUGGCAAAGAUGAUGAGCUUGGUAGAAGGGAUGAUGUUGAAGAAGGGCUCUGUUUUCUUUUUGAAGAAGAAGGCUAGAUCAACUAGCCAUGCAACAAGAUCUCGUGCGAGAAAAUAACGACGGAUUGGAUGAACAGAGGACUAUCUUGUAUAUUCUACAGGUGCACAUAUUCUUUUAGCCUUGGAGGCUUCACCCCUAGUACAUAGAAUUUAACUUGUUAUCGAUUUUAUACAAUAGUUUCAAUGCAUUUAAUCGGGCCACACAUGGAGAGAUCUAUAGUGGGGUUUAGCGGUAUAUUUUUUUCUGUAUAGUUGGCAAUGUGGGGCUUGCACUGGGAUUGAAGUCCAACUACUGGUUUGAGUGUGUCACUGUGUACAUAGCUGUGCAGCUCUCACCCCUUUGUGGGGAUCCUUGUAAGUAAUUGAGACUUGGGUGGAGAGACCAAAAGGGUCCUCAAUUUGUUAUCAAGCUAUAUGCGUUCUGGAUUUUAAUUUCAAUGAGAAAAUGUUUUUUG